GAUGUAAUUUUGUUUCCGAACUCAUUCUUACCGAAUGCAACUUCACGUUUCAACCGUAAAUAAACUUAUACCUACCUGUUCUUUAUUUAUGUCCUAAUCUAUGAUUAUCGCUAGUCGGGGGGGCCACUGAGUCAUGUGGCAUGUGUACAAAGUGUUUGAUUGUCACAGAUUCUUCUAACAAUUUAAUUUAAGAACAAUAAUUUCAAGGAAUAAAUGUCUACUGAUUAUCCACUUGAAGAAAUUGGGCAGUGGAAGAAAGAAAAGGUUCUUGGCGCUGGAGGAUUUGGCUAUGUUGUAUUAUGGAGGCACAAAGUAACAAAUGAAACAAUUGCUUUAAAAGAAUGCCGCUGGGGCCAUGAUCCCAUGAUGACACCCAAGCAUCGUAACCAUUGGAAACUGGAAGUAGAUAUGAUGUCUCGUUUAAAUCAUCCCAAUAUUGUAACUGCUAUUGCAGUUCCUCCUGAACUUGAUGUUCCUUCCACUGAGUUACCUGUUUUGGCUAUGGAAUACUGUAGUAAUGGAGAUUUGAGAAAGUUGUUGAACAGACCAGAAAAUUGCUGUGGAUUGAAAGAGAAACAUGUGCGUUUAAUUAUGAAGCAUAUUUCCUCUGCUGUAAAUUAUUUACAUUCCAGAAAAAUAAUCCAUCGAGACCUGAAACCAGAAAAUAUUGUGAUACAAGACCAAAAUGGAAAUAUUGUUUAUAAGCUGAUUGAUCUUGGAUAUGCUAAAGAAUUGGAUCAAGGAAGCUUUUGCACGUCUUUUGUUGGAACAUUGCAAUAUCUGGCUCCAGAAUUAUUUAUGUCUCAAAAGUAUACAUGUACUGUAGAUUAUUGGAGUUUGGGUCUUGUAACUCAUGAAAUAAUUACUGGGUCAAGGCCUUUUCUUCCUGACAAAUCCCCAGCUGAAUGGAUUCCUAUAAUAAAAAGAAAAGACUCAACUGUAAUUAGAGCAUUUUUGGAUGCUGACAAAAAUAUCAUAUUUUCUAAUGAAAUAUCUCCUUUCCAUCACAUUUGUAGCUUAUUCAAAUCAGAUAUGGAGCGAUGGUUGCAAUCUAUGCUAGAAUGGGAUCCCAAAAAAAGGGGCCGAUUUAAUGAUGGAUCAGCUUUUGCCUUUUUGGAAGAAAUAUUUGAUAAAAAGAUCUCUUUGGUGUUUUGUGUUGAUACUUUGAAACUGUACAGCUUCCUUGUUAAUGAGACAAUGUCUCUUGAGGAAUUUUAUAAACAACUUGAAUUAGAUUCAAAGAUUCCUGUUAAUCAGCAAGAAAUCUACUUUCCUGAUGGACGCACACCAAAUCCAGAAAAAGGAGCCAUUCAAUUCAUGUCUGAUAUGGAAGAAGAGGAGUUAGUUAUUUUCCUGUUUCAUAAGAAUGAAUCAUCUUCAUCAGUGUCAUCUCUUUCAUCUACUGUUAUACCCAAUGAUGUUGAAAAUAUGAUGCGCAAUCCACAUGAUAAAGUAGAUUAUCUAUCACAACGAAGUGUUUGGUCUCAGGCGGUGUUCUUGAGUCAUCAAGAGUUUUCUCUUGUCAAUCGUCUUGUUCAAGCUUUUAAAGCAAACCUAAUGAAUCUGCUUACCAAAACAUCCUAUACUCGAAAGUGUAUUUCCAGAAUGACAGCUGAAAUGAACAAACUUUUAGCAAAAAGUGCUCUUUUCAAAAACAGUCUAGAGCAAGAUAUUAAAAGCUAUGAGAAACAAUAUGAAAACGGUGGUUUUUCCUCAGAAACUUUAUCUCAAGAUUGGAAAAAUACUUUAGAAAAUCUGAAGAAAGUAGAUAUUUUAAGGCAAAAGAUUGUGAAUCUUGAAGCUUGCACUUCAAGUCUUUGUUCACAGACCAUGGAAUUACAGAAACUACCUUAUGCAAGAUCCAAGUUAAUUACAGCUUUGGAGGAUGUGCAUCAGAAAAUAUUAGAAAGCUAUGCUGAGUUGCGAAAACGAUCUUCAGAUGAAAGAAGAAUUCCUCAUGAUAACACUGAAAUUGUUAGAUUAUUGUGUUUAUGUUUGCAGCACAGUCAUACUCAUACCCAAGAAGUUGUCUCUCACAUUAAAACCAUAAAGCAAGUCAAAAGAGAUAUAGAUGAUUCUCUACCACAAAUCAACAAUGUUCUUAAAGAAAUAUCUGAUUGGGAUUUUCAAAUAGAGAGCUGGCAAGCUCGACGUCAGCAGGCUCUCUGGAAAGUUAUUGAUGCCCUACUUGAAAAAGCUCACAAUGUGGAGCGAUCCAUUUCACCUCUGGAACUCUCAAGUUCUCCACAACCUACAUUAUUGAAGAAACAUAGUAAUAGCCCUGGAUCUUCCUUGCUUUCAAAAGGUUUGACAGAUGUGGGAGCUCGAAACAUUCCAGAUUCACCCAGAUUAUCUACACUUUUGAGAACACCUCCAAUUAUCACACCUCCUGCAUGGCAAAGUAGACUUGAAUCACUGACUCUCAGUUCUUCAUUUUCAAAUGGUGAUGGGGCUCUUCCAAAGAUGAGGUUCAAUCCUACUUCUAUGACAAAUAAUAGUAUGGCUUCUUUGUCAGAAAUUUUGACAAAAACUACAGAAGAUAGUAGACGUGUCAAAAGAGAAAAUGAAACUCUUGUAGAAAGCUUUCAAAAUCUGAUGGAAGUUUUGAAGAGUUACCAAGAAGACCAAGCAAAUCAAAAUUAAUUUAUUAUGAUGAAUGAGUUUUUAUUUAUGAUUUCCAGUGUCAUUCGUUAUUCAGUAUAUAAUUUUUUUCCAUUGAGCUUUUGUAUCCUUAAAUUUUAUGAUACAUUUGUUUUUCAAAGAGCUUUUCAUUUUUUAAUCCUCCAAAUGGGUAAUUACCUUGAUUUAUAAUUGCAUUCAAAUUUUAACAAUAAACUUUGAAAUAUACAAGCUAUACUCUUGUUUGCAUUGAUCUAAACUUUGACAUUAAAAAAAAAGUUGUUAAAUGCAAAUUUUUUAAAAAAAGAAAUGCUUGAAAAAAAUAUAGUUUCUCUCAAAUAUAAAUAUGUAAAUAGAAACUUUUCCCUGGGCUGUUAGAAAGAUUAAAGAGCCAUACAAUCAUUUCUUAUUCAGAAUUUGUAUUCCUUAAAGAUACAAAAAUGAAUUGGAUGAUGUAUUAUUUACCUAUUUUAAACAAGGAUUUCUGCUAUUUUCCAUUUCAAAUUUGAUUUUAAUGAAUUUAUUUUCAAUAUAUUCAUUAAGAAUAUGUUAUUUUUUUGGUAGUAACUAUUAAAAAAGUUAUAUCUGUUUUGAAAACUGAUAAAGAUUAUGCAAAUAUUGUUAAACUCCCAACUCCCCUGAAUUCUUAUGAAUGAAAAUUUUCAUUCUUUCCAAAACCUAUAAAAGUUAUUACAGCCUGUUGGCAUAAAAAACUGCUUCAAAAUUUGAUUCCAUUGAAUAAUUUCAUUCACUUGUGAGCACUUACAUAAUAAGUUUACAAUUUAGAGUCAAAUUUUCCACAUUUUUGUGGAAUGGACUGUUUAAAUUUUUUGUGUUUUUUCAGGGAUUGAUUUGAUGAUUUUGGCUCCCAUUCAAAAUAAUAAAACACCCCUUUUAGCCCUCAUACGGUUUUGGAACUAACAAAUCAGAUCAACCACAACCCUAUAGUAAUACUUUUAUAAUCAAAAUUAUGUUUUAGUUAUCCUUCACAAUAAAAAAUGACAUACAUAACAAUGCAUACUGAUAUGACAGCCAGUUUGUCAAGAAAAUAUUUAUAUGAUUUUAAGCAGUUAAUGCAGAAGGAAAAAAUAUUUUUGAAUUAUUUUUUACAUAUGAAAAUCAUUUCUGUUUUUGCUCCUCCAGUUUUUUUUAAUUUAUUUAUUUAAUUUGUAGAUUUUUAAUUAAAAGAUAUUAUUUUAAAAAUGACAUAAAUCUUUUGAUUUUUAGAUGUUUUAAAUUUGAUAUUGAAGAUAAGUAAUAAUGACACAUGAAUAAGUACUAGACUAUGUUAUGGUUGUGUUUAUAAUUGAUAAAUUUAUAAUUUUAAGAGUUUGAAGUUUAAAAGAAUUCUUAUAGCUGAAGUUUUUAAUAUCCUUACCUUGUUAUAUUUAAGCAUUUCUUUGAUAAUUUUUAUGUGUGUAAUUUUCAGUUUAUUCUUGAAAUAUUUUAAUCUAGUGAAAACAUUCAGUUCUCAAAUCUGAUAAAAAAUUAAGUUAGUCGUCCCCCCACCUUCCUUCUAUAAAUUUAGUUUAAUACUACAGUUUGGAACAUUGUUACUUAGUUGUAACUUUGGUAAAAAUAUUAAAACCUAAACAUUUUUUUAAAAUUCUUUUUUAUUUUAUAAAGUGAUGUGCCAAAAUAUGUUGUUCUAACAGGGUUGUUGAAUGUUUUUUCACGGUUGACUUUUUUCUUUAUGGCUAUUCCAUUUCCAACACAUUUCUAUUUCAUGUUGCUAAUGAUCAAGUUAAUGUCCAUUGUGAAUGAAUAAUGUCAUUCCUAUAUUAUUAUUAUAUAGGAAAAUAUAUGCGCUGUGAAGUUUGUGAAGUACAAAAUGAUUAAUUAUAUCAAAUUAUACUAUAGAAAUAUUUUUGAAAAAUUUGCUUUAAAAAAUAACUUAGUUUCCAUCUAAUUUGUAUAGCCGUUGAUUCAGUACAAAAUAUUUUUUAAUCAGAAAUUUAAUUAUAAAAGUGAAGUUGUUUAGCUAUUUGUAGUUAAUCAUGUACUCUGUUAUCAGUCGUUGAGGAUCUUUAACUUUAUUUUUUGUAGGUUUUUAUCUUUUUUUUUUUUUCGGAAUUGUUAUUUUAUUGAAAUGUAUUUGAAAAAAAAUCAAAGCACUACUAUAUAUUAUUAAUAAUGUGAAAUAAAAACUGAAAAAGUAAAUUAAUUUUUUUAAAAAAUUGAACAAAUUUUUCAUAAUGUUUAUUGAAUCUCUGGUUGUUUUAUUCGAUCAUCUGAAGUAAAUGUUUUAUUCGUAUAAAUACUUAUAAUAUCUUAUUACAGAACCAUACAAAGCUUUUUAUAGUUAGACUUUGCAUAGUGGCGAAACAAUAUACCUAAUAAUUUGUGAAGAUCUUUUUUUCUUUUCCAUAUAAACACUUUGAUGAUGAUGUCAGCAAAGGAAGAAUAUUUUGAUAUUCAUAAGUUUCAGAAGGAUUUAAUGCUUAGAUUUGUGUGGAAAUAUUCCUAUUUUUGAGAAUGUUAUCUCUGUUACAUUCUAAUUAUAUGCUUAGAGAAUGUAACAUCUUCAUUCUUUUGCUAGAAUUUAUCAUAUUUGUGAUUAAAAGAAAAUGGUGAUAUUUAAAAUCUAUAAUUACAUUCCUGUUUUGAGCAUACUUCUUUUUUCAUGUUGCAUUUCACACUUAUCUUAAAAUGUCAUAUAUUGGAAUAUACACAUAUAUUCUGUUAAAAAUGUAUGCUUUUUUUUAAUUGAUAAAAUAUUCUUUUUAU